AGAGUGAGGGAGAGUCGGAGGGAGCUAAGAGAAUCCUGAAGGAACUAAUGGGGAGCCAACAGAGAGUCGCCGCCGGAACUCAUAUCCUAGCACUUCCAAUGCCUUUUCAAGGCCACAUAAACCCUAUGCUCCAAUUCUCCAAACGCCUAGCCUCCAAAGGACUCAAAGUCACUCUACUCAACUUCACAGACAAGCAAUGGUCCAAAUCUGCAGAACAUGGGUCUGUCAAUAUCGAGUUAAUCUUCGAUGAUACUCUUUUUUCUGCUGUUUCUGGUCAAGAAGACGACGAUAUAAUGAGCGGCUACGCAUAUCUAAAAAACUUGUAUGCUGCAGUUAAGAGGAGAUUACCGGAAGUCGUAGCUAAACAUGGUGAAUCUGGCUACCCAAUAAGCUGCCUCGUGUAUGACUCGUUGAUGCCUUGGGCUCUAGACAUAGCCAAGCAGCUUGGGCUCUUUGGGGCUGUUCUCUUCACCCAAUCUUGUGCUGUUAAUCAAAUAUAUUGCGAAGUUUAUCAAGGGAAGCUAAAGGUUCCUGUUGAGAAGGCACAUGUAGAAUUAGAAGGAAUGCCUCCACUUGAAAUUUCUGAUCUGCCCACUUUCCUUUACGACUUGGAAAAUUAUCCUAUCUCUUUAAGCCUAAGCACCAGCCAGUUUUUCAAUAUUGAAGAAGCUGAUUGGGUGUUUUUCAACACUUUCAACAGCUUGGAGGAUGAGGGACUAAAAUGGAUGGGAAGACAAUACUCAAUCACUCCAAUAGGGCCAACAAUUCCAUCAACCUACAUGGACAAGAGGGUGAAGGAUAACAAAGAUUAUGGCCUCAGCCUCUUCAAACCUGAUACAGAAAGUUGCAUGGAUUGGCUGGACUCUAGGGAAACUUGCUCAGUAGUCUAUGUGUCCUUUGGAAGCUUGUCUACCUUGAAAGAAAAGCAGAUAGAAGAAAUAGCAUGUGGCCUGAAAAGAAGCAACCAUUAUUUCCUGUGGGUAGUUAGAGAAAUUGAGAAGGAAAAAAUCCCAAGCAGCUUCUUAGAUGAGACAUCAGAGAAGGGUCUAGUGGUGACUUGGUGUCCACAGUUACAAGUCCUAGCUCAUAAGGCAGUGGGGUGCUUCAUGACUCAUUGUGGGUGGAACUCAACUCUUGAGGCCAUGAGCUUGGGAGUGCCAAUGGUGGCAAUGCCACAGUGGGCAGAUCAAACAACUAAUGCGAAAUUUGUCACUGAUGUGUGGAGAGUAGGGGUUAGGGUUAAGGUCGGAGAAGAAGGAAUCGUCGCGAAAGAAGAAAUAGAUCUACGUAUACGAGAAGCCAUGGAAGGAGAGACUGCCAUUGAGAUUAGAAAGAAUUGCCAGAAAUGGGAGAAAUUAGCUAAAGAAGCAGUAGAUGAAGGAGGAAAUUCUGAAAAGAACAUUGAGAAAUUUGUAGCAAAACUAGCUACCUAAUUAAGGCUUAAAAAUUUUCAUUAAAGAAUGGAAAUCUGCAAAUAUAAUAACUAUGCCAUGUCAAUAAAUAACUCUAUAUUGUAAUAUGAUGAAUAAACUGUAAAAAUUUAUUUCACUCAAAGUUAAUUUUGAAAAAAUAAAUUGAAAUAUUAUCAUAUCUGAAUUAUAUUU